AGAUCGGCCCGGAUAUCCGCCCCGGAGCGGAAGCUGCAGCCUUUUCUCGGCGGAGCGCAGCCAUGGCACGAGGACCCAAGAAGCACCUGAAGCGUGUUGCAGCUCCAAAGCACUGGAUGCUGGAUAAACUGACAGGAGUCUUUGCACCUCGUCCAUCAACAGGACCCCACAAGUUGAGGGAAUGCCUCCCUCUCAUCAUCUUCCUCAGGAACAGGCUCAAAUAUGCCCUGACUGGUGAUGAGGUCAAGAAGAUCUGCAUGCAGCGGUUUAUCAAGAUCGAUGGCAAAGUCCGUACAGAUAUCACCUACCCCGCUGGCUUCAUGGAUGUAAUCAGCAUUGAGAAGACAGGGGAGCACUUCCGCCUCGUGUAUGACACCAAAGGGCGCUUUGCUGUUCAUCGAAUCACGCCAGAGGAGGCAAAGUAUAAGCUGUGCAAGGUUAGGAAGAUCUUUGUGGGCACCAAAGGAAUCCCCCACCUUGUCACUCAUGAUGCCCGGACCAUCCGCUACCCAGAUCCCCUCAUCAAGGUGAAUGACACCAUCCAGAUUGACCUGGAGACAGGCAAGAUCACAGACUUCAUCAAGUUUGACACAGGCAACCUGUGCAUGGUGACUGGUGGGGCUAACUUGGGUCGUAUCGGUGUGAUCACCAACCGGGAGAGACAUCCCGGCUCGUUUGAUGUGGUCCACGUGAAGGAUGCCAACAGCAACAGCUUUGCCACCAGGCUGUCCAACAUCUUCGUUAUUGGCAAGGGUAACAAGCCUUGGAUCUCCCUGCCUCGUGGGAAGGGAAUCCGCCUCACCAUUGCUGAAGAGAGAGACAAGAGGCUGGCAGCCAAACAGAGCAGCGGUUGAGCCCUUGGAAGGCUGGCACAGAGCCCCACCCAGAGUUCCCUCUUUGACAAAUAAAACCUUUUCCAAACUUG